GGCUCCCUAUAGUAUGUUACUUUUGCCGAACUUGCUUUCAGAUGACUUUGUGAGUACUGAGUAGGCUCCCUUUCCAAGCCCAUUUGGACCUGCUAAUGUCAAUUUCACGUUAUAAAUGUUAAAACAUAUUUCCUAGCGGCUAGGCCCGAGGAUGCCUCCUCAAAAGCCUCCGCGGGACAUAUGACCACCGCGGAUUGCGGGUUGUCUCCGCUGGACAACAGCAGCAGCAGCUCGGUUAUGUCUUCGGAAAGCAACUUCAGCCGCGUGAUGCCAGCGGAGGGCUGCUGGGGCGAUAUGCCCUAUACGAGCACAUACGAUGCUUUGGCUUCACAGUACCCUGAGCGGAGCUGUUUCAUCUUAAGGAAGCGAGCACAUUUGCGGAAAUUCUGUGUUUAUCUUAUGCACAACAAGUUCUUCGAGAACUUCAUACUUUUUAUCAUCUUGUGCAACUGUGUUACGUUGGCGCUGGGCAGCAACCGGCAAGGAUUUGACAGCACACCUCUGGGAAGAGCGCUGUUGGCGAUUGACAAUGUGUACGUCGCCAUAUUUACGUUGGAGAUGUUGGUUAAAAUUAUCGCCACGGGGUUUGUCCUUGAGAAAGGGACAUACCUUCGCGAUGGCUGGAACGUACUAGACUUUGUGGUGGUUGGCAUGGCUUACGUGAACUUGUUCACCCCGAACAACCUGACGGGGAUUCGGACGAUCCGUGCGUUGCGUCCACUCAGGACAGUUAGCCACAUAAGGGGCAUGAAGGUGCUUGUGAACACCUUGCUGAAGUCGCUGCCGAUGCUGCUGGACGUGUUUGUGUUGUGCGCUUUCACGUUCUUCAUGUUCGGCAUCAUAGCGGUGCAGCUGUUCUCCGGAGUGCUGCGCUACAGGUGCGGCGAGCCGGACUUUACAUGGGCCUACAACGUCACGGGCGCGGAUGGACAGGUCAUGUUACGGAAUGUGUCGUACGUCGUACCGGACGACCAGACGGAGGACGCCUGCAGCGGUCCACUUAGCUCGGAGGCUGUUUGGUACCUCGUAGACGGCACCCCGACAGCACAGGAGGGGAGCGGCUACGGCGGCCGUGUGUGCGAUGACGGGAUGUACUGCACACUGUACGGCAACCCAGCAGGCGGAUUAGUAAGCUACGACCACAUCCUGUGGGCCUGGCUGACCAUCUUCCAGCACAUUACAAUGUCUUCCUGGACGGACGUGAUGUACACGACUAUGGACGCCGUGAGCUUCUGGGUGUGGCUCUUUUAUGUGGGCCUCAUCAUCUUCGGCGCGUUCUUCAUGGUGAACCUGGCUCUCGCGGUGCUCACCCUGAACUUCUCGGCGGAUAACUUGGCGGAGGAGCAGGAGAAGCAGAAAGCGGCGGAGAAGGAGCAGCAGUGGGGCACAGGGGAGACAAACGGUGGAGCAGGCGGCGGCCGUUCGCCCGCAGCACCGAUCAAGCUCCACAAGCCAGCAGACCUGCCGACUGCCGAGGAGGAGGCCGCCGCGAGUGGGCCGCCCUCCCACUACAAUGCCGUACGGCGAGCCGCCUGGCAUGUGGCCGUGAGUAAGCAGCUGGAGUACACGACAGCGGCGCUCAUCGUGGCCAACACCGCCAUCAUGUGUAUCAACUGGCACGGCAUGCCAACCAACAUUGAGCAGGCCACGAACUACACCAACUACGGGUUUACCAUCUACUUCUUGUUGGAGCUAAUCGUCAAGUUAACGGCGUUCGGGUUUAGAAAGUACUUUCGUGACGGCAUGAACAUCUUCGACGCGCUGGUGGUGCUGGUGUCCACGGUGGAGCUCAUCAUCGACAUCAUCCCCUCCAUUGCGGGCGUGGGGCCGCUGUCCGUGCUGCGUGCCUUCCGCCUGCUGCGCGUGUUUCGGCUGGCGCGCAGCUGGCGCGACCUGAACGUCAUCAUCCUGGGCAUGUUCAAGUCGGUGCAGGCGUCCAUCAUGCUGGUGCUGCUCAUGGUGCUGUUCCUGUUCAUUGCGGCGCUGGUGGGCAUGCAGUGCUUUGGCUACAAGUUUAUGUUUUGCGACUACGUGUCGGGGGCCAGCCCCGUGUGUCCGCUGGGCAUGCGCGUGUGGGGCGACUGCCCCAAUCACUUCCACUGCUACCUGCCCUGCUCGGCCGACCAGUACGGCAGCUGGGUGGACGCGCCCGGCUCCUUCUUCAACGACCUGGCCUACUGCCAGCGCUUCUGCGCCACCCAGCAGGACGCAGAUGCCGCUGCCGCUACUGCUGCCGGCAACGCCACGGCUGCCACUGCUGCGGGUGCCGCCGCAACUGCGGGCGACUGCGAGUACUUGGCCAUGGUGGGCAAGUCGCAGGUGCCGCGAGCCAACUUUGACGGCAUCUUGUGGGCUCUCUACACAGUGUUCCAGCUGCUUACCGGUGAAAACUGGAACGAUGUCAUGUACGACACCAUGAACACAGUGUCGAGUUGGGCGUCGCUGUACUUUGUUGCUGUGAUUGUCAUCGGCAACUACCUGGUCUUCAACCUCUUCAUCGCCAUCCUGCUGGAUAACCUGCAUAUGCGGAUUGAGGAAAAAUCAACAGAAGAACCGCCGCGGCGCGUGUCAGAGGCGAACGGAAAGCGGGGGAGCAACAAGGACAGUGCAGUCAGGGGCGGUGCGGACGGCAGCCGCUCCCAGCGCCCGGGGCUGCCGGCCGGCACCGCCGCGCCAGGCAGGUACUGCGGCGACGCCAUGGCAUGGGAGCCCCUGAGCGCAGAGCAUGACAACAAGGCGGGCCUGAAGGAUGAGCAGCAGCAAGGGAAGGGCAGCUGCAAUGGCGACAUCAAGCCGACCCUGAUUGGGGUAGCCGCCGCAGCGCUAAAGCAGCACCACCAGCUGCAGCAGCAGUAUCACCAGCAGCAACCAUUGCUGCCGGAGACACCCUCCGCUAGUACGGCCGGUGGCAGCAGCCAGCUGUCGGUUCCUGUUGCCAACGUGUCGUUCCCUCGACCCGUUGCGGAAUCCUUGGAGCCUGGUUUGCCGGCUGCUUCGGUUGCCGCAGCAACCGCCUCUGUCGCCAUCGGCGCUGCGGAAGCUGCUGGUCAGGAGGAUAGCUCUAGGCCUAGCAGCGCCUGCACCCCGAACCUUGGCAAGUCCAAUGCGUUGCCCAGGCUAAUGGUGCAGUUUGCGGGGCUGCCCAGGAUAGCGACACCGACGAAGACAACCAUGGCAAACGACGCCGCUGCAGCUGCCGGCCCUGACUCGGUCGCCAACAGCAGCAGCUUCCUGCCGCAAAUGUCGCAGCCCGACAUGUCCCCCCAGCUCUCAGUGGGGCGCAUCCGGCGCAAGGAGUCCAAGAGCUUUCUGGAAACCAUGCGGUCACGGCUGCAGACCGAUCCGGACUGGACCACCAUUGAGGGCCGGUCGCUGAUGCUGAUGACUAAGCACAGUGGGCUACGUAAACGUGCGGCGAGGCUGGUGCACAACCGGCACUUUGACCAGGCUAUUCUGGUGCUCAUCGCGGCGUCAUGCGUGUGUCUGGUGUUGGAUGCGCCUGACCUGGACCGCCAUUCGCGGUUGGCACGGGCGCUGCACAUCAUGGACUACGCCUUCACGGGUGCCUUCACCCUGGAGGCCAUCCUCAAGAUCAUCACCUUUGGCUUCGCCUUCACGGGGAAGCACGCCUACAUCCGCAGCGGCUGGAACGUGCUGGACUUCCUCAUCGUGCUGCUGGGAUACGCGUUGAUCAUAGUUGAGGUAGUGGGCGUCACCAACACCGGCAACCUCAAGGUGUUGCGCGUCAUGCGAGCGCUGCGUGCGCUGAGGCCGUUGCGUGCGGCCAACCGCUUUGACGGGCUGCGUGUGGUGGUGAAAACGUUGUUCGCGGUGUUGCCGUCUAUGUUCAAUGUUGCGCUGGUGUGCGUGUUAUUCUACGUCAUCUUCGCCAUCCUGUCGGUCAACCUGUUCAAGGGCAAGCUGUACAGCUGCGUGGACGCGGACAGCGGCGAGCGGCUGGACCCCGAGUACCUGCUGGCACCGGGGCAGACCCUGACGCGGCAGUGGUGCGAGGCAGGCAGCGUCACCAUCACGAACUCGGCGCACACCGCCGCACUCAACGUCACACUGCCGGAGUACAACAUCAGCACGGCGUGGAUCAACCCGACUGCGAACUUUGAUAACGUGGGGAUUGCAAUGCUGACGCUUUUCCAAGUGGCUACCAUGUCGUUGUGGGUGGACAUCACCUUCACGGCGGUGGAUGCGACGGAGGUGGACGAGCAGCCCAUCUGGAACCACAACCCCGCGGUCAUUACCUUCUUUGUGUUCUUCAUUGUCGUCUGCACCUUCUUCGUCCUCAACCUGUUCAUCGGUGUGACACUCGACAAGUUCGCGGAGCUGCAGGCGGAUCAGGAGCAGGGCGGGCUGCUGCUGUCGCCCGCGCAGCAGUCCUGGGUGGACACGCAGCGGGUGCUCAUGCACACCAGCGUGCAGUACAAGCCGCCGCGGCCCCAGGGGCGGCAGCGGGCCGCGCUGUACGACAUGGUCACCCAGGAGCGCUUCGACUGGCUGAUCGUGGCCGUCAUCGUCGUCAACGUGGCGUUCAUGGCCAUGGUGCACUUCAACAUGUCUGGUGCAUGGCAGAACAUCAUGUCAUACAGCAACCUGGCGUUCACGGUAGUCUUCGCGGUUGAGGCGGGCCUCAAAAUCACGGCUUUCGGGCCGCUCGCCUACCUGCGUGACAAGUGGAACUGCUUCGACUUCUUCGUGGUGCUCAUCUCCGCAGUGUCCGUGGCGCUCGACUUUAGCAACACCAAGAACCUGAGCUUCAUGCCGGCGCUGAGGGUGUUGCGCGUGCUGAGGGUGCUGCGCCUAAUCCGAAAGGCCCAAGGCAUCCAGAAGCUAAUGCGGACGCUCAUUUCGUCCCUUCCUGCGCUGGCAAACGUGGGAGGCGUGAUGCUGCUGUUCUUCUUCAUCUACGCAGUCAUCGGUGUUAACCUGUUUGCGGGAAUGAAGCAGGGCGAAAACCUGUCGCGCCACGCCAAUUUCAACAACAUGGGGAGCGCCAUGCUGCUUCUGUUCAGAAUGAUUACGGGUGAGAGCUGGGACGGCAUCAUGCAGGACUGCAUGGUGACUCACGGCUGCGUGCUGCUGCUGUCCGACACCGUGUCCCCCUCCACCGGCGCGCCACUGGCCGCGGGCAGCUACCUGGACCCGGGCGACCCGGCGCUUGCGGGCCUGCCGGAGGAGGCGGUGGACAACCAGUGCGCCAUCAGCCCCGCAGCGGCGGUCAUCUACUUCCCAACAUUCGUCAUACUGUGCGGCUUCGUGCUGCUGCAGCUGGUGAUAGCGGUGCUGAUUGAGAACCUGACGCAGGUGAACGAGGCUGCUGAGAUCCCGGUGCCUAAGAACGCGCUGGACAGCUUCAUCGAGGCCUGGAGCGAGCAGGACGCUCUUGGGCGGGGCAUGCUGCACGCCUCGCAGCUGCCGCUGGUGCUGGCCAUGACGGAGCCGCCGCUGGGCACCCACGGUGCAGACAGCACCCUGGCAACGCAGCGGAUGCUGUUUGGGCUGGACAUCCCCAUAUACAAGGGCAAUAAGGUGUCGUACAUAGAGGUGCUGCAUGCGCUGGCGGGCAGCGUGUGCUACGCCGCCCUGCCGGAGCCCGCGGUGGACAAGGUGCACCGGGAGCUCAGUAAGCGCCUGCCCCCCGACGACCCGCACCAGCGCUUCUCGGCCGCACACUACUACGCUGCCGUGCUGGUGCGGGCGGCCAUCAAGGGCUUCCUGGUGCGCCACGCCUACCGCCAGCAGCUGCUGCACGUGUCGCAGCGGCACAAGUGCUCGGGGAGCGGAUUCAUCGAGAUCGGCACAACGGGCGGCGGGGGUAUGGAUGAAGAAGCCUGCGCCCGGUACCUUCGACCGCAGCCGAAACUGCGCAGGAGUGAGAGCAGCGGCAGCGAUCGAGCUGACGGCGAGCCGUCUCAGGCGCACGCUGGGGCGAUGUCCAACGCCAACACGGACAGUCCGGAUGUAAGACGCUGCGAGCCGCAUGCCGAGGAGGAGGUAGCAGCAUCAACACCCCCAGACGCAACCCCGAAGGCGAUAGCGGAAGCGGAAGUGGCGGAUCCUCAAGCAGCAGCGGCGGCUGUCGGACUGGUAUGCCGGAUAGACAUGGGGGCAAAGCCAGUCACUCAUCCUGCCGCAGCCACCUUGCAGACGCUACAUGCCGACGCCGCGUCUCUGCCCCCGUUCGUUCCGCGGACCCCAACGGGCAGCCUACGGGUGCCCGCGUGUCCCCGGGCCUCCGCAUCCAUGCAGCGGCAGCCCAGCGUGGACUUCUCCCAGCCCUCAGCGUCCCAAGCCAACUUGCGAGUUAGCAGCGCGUGCAGCACGGCAACUGAGCAGCCCGCCUGCCCAGGGCCGGCAACAGGGCCGGGCGUACGGUUAGGGGUGUCGGGCAUGCCGGCACUGCCAGGGUGCGGCAGUCAAAACGCCAGUGCCAGUCGGGGGAUAGGCCGCCCAUCGGAGCCCGCGCUGGCCCCGAGCCGAUCCGUAGCUCGGUCCGCGGCGGAUUCCGGGUGCUCAGGGCCGCGCGCGGUACCGGGGCAGGUUUCGGAGCCUGGCGGGGACAUGAUGAGGCGGCGCAGUCGCAGUGACAUCUCGCACAUUCGUCGGGAGAAGCGGGAAGCCGCGCGCUCCUCGGGUUCCGAGUCGGGGACGUUUUACAGCGCUGCCAGCUCACAGAAGAGCAUGAGCUGUGGCACUUUGAAGGAAGGAGGGGAGUCGGAGGAUUGCGGGGGAGCUGCUCCUGCUGCUGGUGGCAGUGGGGCCAGCGCUGGGCGGAGAGGCUGGUUCAGCUAAUUAGUGCGAGGGGUAUGUAAGGGACGUAGAGCGUGACAUGCGGGACGUGGUCCAUCUGUGCAAGACGGAGGGUGUAUCACCCAUCACCACGCGUGCAUGGCGACCGUCGGGUACUGCGUAACGAGUGCGGUGUGUUGUUGGUGUUCACGUUACCUGAAUCCAAACCUUUAUCGGCGCGCCGGUGUGGUGGCGAGAGAUGAUGACCAACGAACGAAUUCAUGUAGCUAGGGUCGAAGCGCCGGAAGGAGGUCCACUGGUCAGGGCGCCCGUGUCCCUCCCGCCCCCGCGCGAUACUCAAGAACAAAUGGCCAGGUGCGUUCAUGCUUCUUAGUGUUACUGUGUGCAUCCUAAGUUGCGUUGAAAGGCAAAUGAGCAAAAUCCUUGCUGGAUCGGCGCCAUGUAGGCGCUGGUUUUCGCUGUUCACGGCCGCAUAGGACUGAUGUGCACUGCUAACGUUGAUGUGGUCGACAAGGACAUGACUGACGCAAGAGGCUGGUCAAGAGCACAUACCCGGUUGACAUGCGGGGGGGGCCUUUCCCAGAUAGGUCCCGGAGGGGAGGGUUGUGAGGCAGCGGAG